GAACUUCCUCCUGACGGGCGAUCCCCACAGUAUCGACUGGAAGGAGAGCGGCUGCCCCAUGCCCUUGAGGAAGCGAAUCGCCGCCACCCACUCGGUGGAGAUCACCGAGACGGGUCAGGUCAUCGAGAAGAAGACCCCGUAUGGCGACCUGCUGGCCGGAAUCAUGGGGAGGCAUAUGGGCCUGAACCUGCCAAUCGGCGGCGCCGGCAACCCGUCUCCGCUUCGGCCCAACUGCAUGGUUGGCUUCCACGGAAACGUCCUCACCAGGAAGACGGAGGAGUCUCGCUCGAUGCUGCGAUUCUUCUCCUCCCGGUGGCGCAAGUCCGAGGACUCCUCCGCCACGGUGAAAACAGAUAUGACCUCGGAGAUGUCGGAUGCCUCGACGCCACGCAGCCAGGAGGCAGAGGACUGGAAGCCGGAGAAGCGCGUGCAGGGCGGGCACCUCUACAUCCGGGCGGACGACUUCGGAGAGGUGAACUGUCUCAAAAGCUCGAGCAUGGCUCUCUCAGACGAGACGGAUGACUCAAACCCCAUUGCAAAGCACGGCUUCAAAACGGACAAGGACACGGUGCACAUUCGGAUGGCCAAGGUUCGUCAACAGGCAGAGCUUCGAAACGACCUUGUUGCCGGAGAUCUCAUCUUCCCUCGGCAAGUUCGCGCUAGGUAA